GCAGCCAUGUUGAGCUUCCGUCUUGGUGUUGAACUGCCUUCCUUACUGAAGUGGGAAUUCGGCCUCCCCUCACCCUUCUCUCCUUUAUGUGUCUGUUUAUAUGUAUGCAUGUAAAGUCGAUCCUGCCCAAAAGUUUCUUUCUGAAGGAAGGUAGAAGCCAACUACACGGCGCGCAUCAAGUUAACAAGCAAAGCACUGAAACAGGGACAGACUCCAGGAGAAAUGCCUGUCAUUGCAGCCUUGGUUUUUCUUCUCUCCUCUCUGUUCCUCCCUUGCAGUCCUCAAGAAACUCUUUCCCAUGCUCCUCCCUUCCAAGUUGGACAGUUGAAGGUCUCAAGUUACAAUAUUGCUAGGAAGUUGAGGUUGGGGGACAAGAGCGUGGGACGGGAAUGUGGUGCUGCAGAUUGGCAAUGUCCCAGUAGAUCAGAAGCUGCAGGUUCUGCCUAUCAGCAGCUAACCAGAGCAACAGAGGUUACAGCAGUUCCAAUUGCAGGGAAUGAUCAGAACGAGGAGAAAGCUGGAGAGUUUUUCAGCAUGGAUUAUAAUUCUCCUACUACACAUUUGCCCAUCAACAAUUAGUGUCUCUCUCUCUCUCGACUGUGCAGUUUCCCUUCUUUUGUAAGAAUACACAGUUUGGGAUUCAAGGAAAAAGAUGAUUAUGCUUAUAAUUACUGGGAUGCAGUUCUUUUCUCUUUGUAAUAAAUACACAGUUUGGGAUAUACACAAGGUAUUUAUGCCUAUAAAUGGGAUGUAGUUUUUCUCUUUUUGUAAUACAGUUUGGGGUAUAUAGAAGAAGAUGUUCAUGCAUUUAACAGGGAGAAAUCCUUCCAUUAAGGAAAAUAACUUUGUAGGCUUUUAAUGGAAAAAAAGAA